AUGAAAGAGAAUGGGACUCCCUUUGUGCGAUUGUUUGAGGCCUCCAAUACAGUAAAGCAUGCCAUCGGUUGUUCACUCAAUCGAAAUCUUCGUUUAGACUUUGAAUACGAGCAAAAGGCAGGGCCGAUGAAACGGAUUUCAUUACUUCUUUUUGCUCUAAUUGUUGUGAGCAGUCGGCCGAGUGCUGACAAAGUGGCUUCUAUACCUGGUUUCUCUGGGAAACUCACCUUUGAAAUAUAUUCGGGUUAUUUGGAAGGCUCAAACAGUAAUAUUCAACUUCACUACGUAUUUGCGGAAGCAAAGAAUAAUUCGGAUACCGCACCUCUGGUUCUCUGGCUCAAUGGUGGACCGGGUUGUUCGUCACUAAUGGGCUUUUUCACUGAAAAUGGACCCCUUCUUUAUGCAAACGUUGUCUAUAUUGAGGCGCCAGCUGGAGUAGGAUUUUCGUAUGCUCGCGAUGGCAAUGUUACCACCGACGACGAUAUGACUGCGGACAAUAACUACUUCGCUCUGGUCCACUUCUUCCAAAAAUUCCCCGAAUUCAAGGGUCGAGAUUUCUACAUUAUUGGCGAAAGUUAUGGUGGAGUCUAUGUCCCUACCUUGGCCCUUCGUGUUGUUGCUCAUCCGGAGAUGAAACUCAAAGGUAUUGCAAUUGACAACGGACUUACCAGCUACACCCUGAACGACAAUUCCCUCCUCUACUUUGCUUAUUAUCACUCUCUCCUUGAUUCAAGCCUUUGGGCUGAUCUUGUAAAUUACUGUUGUGGUGGCAAACUAGUCGGCCGUUGCAUGUUUACUCUGAACAAAGAUCCUCUCUGUCAGAAUGCUAUUCAACAAGCCAGUAGCAUCAUCUCAUAUGGUCUGAAUAUUUACAAUCUAUAUGGUCCCUGCGAUGGUGGAGUACCAGACAAUUAUACCACUAAAUUGGCUAGGGAGACCCCUAAUCGAAAGAAUGUUUUCUCAUGGGAUAGUGUUUGGCAAAGAAUCAGUCAUACAUUUAAUAGAUGGACUCAAAAGUUCUCUGUCCCUCAACCAAAACCAGCCCAAAGACCACGAACUAAACCAAUGGCCCGUGACCGGGUUGCUAAAGGAAGUUGGUUCAGAGAUCUGCCAAAACAUGAAAUCUCUUCAGUUAAUGGCCGCAUGGUAUUGGACUGUUCUGAUGAUACAAUGCAAAUUGAGUUCAUCAAUCAGCCCGCUUUCCGUUCAGCAAUGCAUAUUCCCACUAGUGUCCAGGAUUGGGCCACUUGUAAUGAAGAUGUCUAUAAGAACUACAAACGCGUUUACUUAGAUCUUAGCAAGCAGUACAAAUCAUUGGUGGAACAGAAGGUUCGUACGCAUAUUUUCAACGGGGAUGUUGAUAUGGCCUGCAACGCUAUUGGUGAUGAAUGGUUUGUCAACGAUUUAGGCUUCCCGCUAACAAUUCCUCAUCAUCCUUGGUUCUUCAACGCAACUGAUGGCACUCGACAGAUUGGUGGUUACACAAAGACCUUCUAUGAACCAACUUCCAACACAACUUUGACUUUCUCAACUGUUCGUGGUGCAGGACAUAUGGUGCCCAUGGACAAGCCACUUCCUGCCUACACACUUUAUCGCAAUUUCCUCUGGAAUUGUCUUCAUUUCUAA